GAAUUAAACUGGUAGGUGGCAGCUGUGCAGGAGGUCAAUGUGAAUACUCAAUGCAGGAGAAAUGGACGAAUUUGUGUGAAAUAUGACCCACUUCUGCCACACAAUGGGACGGUUCGGUUUCUCCCUCCUGUGCCAUUUGACAUCUCUGCCCCCUGUCAUCACAGCCUCCACCCUGUCCAGGACCUGGAGCCGCCGCUCAGGGGUCUUAGCUGGCUCUCACGUCCCCUGUCAGGGCAGCUUCCCUGGGCAGACCUGGCAGCACAGGACAGUGAUCACACAGGCGGCCCUCAGCCAGCACAUACAGGACCUGAGCGAGCCCGAGAAAAGACUGCUGAAUAAACUCUAUGACGGCCUGAUCCACAGACAGCGGGCGUCUUUGGCCGAGUCGAUUACUCUGGUGGAGACCCAGCACCCCAGGAAGAAAGAGCUGGCCCAGGUGCUGCUGCAGAGGGUGCUGGCCCACAGGAGGGACCAGGAGAAGCUCAAUGGAGGGAAGCCAGUGGCCUUCAGAGUAGGGCUGUCCGGUCCUCCGGGAGCAGGGAAGUCCUCCUUCAUCGAGGUGGUGGGGAAGAUGUUGACAGGACGCGGCCAUAAAGUGUCAGUGCUGGCUGUUGACCCAUCCUCUUGCACCACAGGAGGGUCUCUGAUGGGCGAUAAGACUCGUAUGACUGAGCUCUCCAGAGACAUGAAUGCUUUUAUCAGGCCGUCGCCAACUUCAGGAACACUAGGUGGAGUUACCAGAACCACUAAUGAGGCCAUUGUUCUGUGUGAAGGGGCCGGAUACGACAUAGUCCUUGUAGAGACUGUAGGUGUGGGCCAGUCAGAGUUUGCAGUGGCUGACAUGGUCGACAUGUUUGUGUUGCUGAUUCCACCAGCAGGGGGCGAUGAACUCCAGGGCAUCAAGAGGGGCAUCAUUGAGAUGGCUGACCUGGUGGUGGUGACGAAGUCGGACGGAGACCUUGUGGUGCCAGCCAGGAGGAUCCAGGCCGAGUACACCAGUGCACUCAAGCUGCUAAGGAAAAAGUCCAAGAUCUGGAAGCCUAAGGUAGUGCGAGUCUCCUCCCAGACCGGCGAGGGCAUCGCAGAGCUCUGGGCCAAGAUGGAGUCAUACCGGGACACCAUGUCAGCCAGCGGUGAGCUGCAGGGCCGGCGAAGGGCCCAGCAGAAGGUUUGGAUGUGGAGCUUAAUCCAGGAAAACGUCCUCUGCCAUUUCCAGAACCACCCUGCUGUUAGAGAAGCACUGCCCCAACUGGAGGGCAAAGUCACCAGGGGAGACAUCUCCCCGGGCCUGGCUGCCGACCUGCUGCUGAAAGCCUUCUCUUCCUCAUCAUCAUCAUCAUAAACUGUAUAGUUGGCACCUGGACUGCAUUUCAGGAGAUGGAGGGAUCAUAGAGGCUGAUCAGGUCUGUUGAUUGCCAGGUGAAUACGGGACACAGUCAGAAAAAGUGACCUGGAUUUUGUGGUUAGUGUAGAAGGAAGCAGCCUCACUGGUUACACAUGGAAAAUACUUGAGAUAGAAGUCUGAAUUUCAGCUCUGACUCAGACUCUGUUUCAACCUGCAUUGCUCUGAAUUAGGAGAGAACUGACCAGCGGGCAGUGUUCACUUGUGAGAUAUCAUUUCAUUUGAGUGGGAGAUGUUCAACAGUGCUGUCAGGUAUUAAACUUAUUAAAGUUUUUGCUACCAUCACCCUUGUUUUUUAAAACCAGACACUGAGACUGUCACAAUUGAGCUCUUUUUCCGCAGACAAGAGAACUGAGCCUCUCAUGGCAUACUGUUGGAAAGAACGGUUUUAAUUAGAGAGAUUAGCCCUGUACAUUUGAGGACUGUGAAUGCCAGAUCAUUAAAUUUGGAAAAUCAUGAAAACUACCCAACACUGGAGCCAACGGGCUCAGUAGAGGGUGAAGCUAUGGCUUUUUGUUAAUGCCAUGAAUUUGAACAUAACAUAUGGUGGCAGUGUGAUCUAUGAUGGAUAGUUUGACUGGCGUCCUUGCCUACUCACCACAGAGGGAUGACUUUUUAGAGUGUCAGGACUGACACAGUCAAUUAUUUAUCCCGUUGCCCUGCAGUGCCAUGGAAACUGUUGUAAUACAAUCAGAGAUUUUCUUGCAAUAUCAGUUGAUUUGCUUUCAAAGUUAUUUUUAUUCACUAUUACUGUUUUUGAGUGGAAUAAAUUAUUUAAUGAGUGAUGUGAGUGAUACAUGGAUUAUAAACCAAUAAUAUUAAAUCACUCGAUAUAUUUGGGUAUGCUUUUCUAG